GGGAGGGACUGGAGAGCGGGAAGGUGACGCCGCUGCUCCGGAUCGAGCUCGCGUCGACUUUGUUUCUGCGGGCGGAACUGGCACGUGAAAGGAGGGAAGGAAGCCGAGCUCGGUGGAGGGGGGGAAAGAUGCUUGAUCCCGGGUGCCAGGUCGCCGGGGUUUCGAUUCGGUCUUAUCUUUGUUUUGGGUUGUUUCCCUGAAGAAAAGAAGUGAAUCCGGAUUGGCGUUUUUGCUCCGGAUUGAAAGCCGAGGGAGGGGGGGGGCGUAGUGGUUGCGGAUUUGUCGACGACGCGGAUGGGCCGUUUGGGGCUGAGCCUCUUGGAGGACUUCGAAUUGGAUUCGAUUUGAAUCGGGCGCGGGGCAGUGCGCGCCAUUGAAAGCACAUCUGGUGGCAGCGGGAUCGCGGAUGGAAUGGAUUGAAAAGAACGGCCGCGAUCCGCCUCGUUCAGCCUCCCCAUGUUGCCUUUUUCCGCCUUCCGGGCGGCGUCAUUCCCUAGCUGGCCGGGAGAGUAAGAUGCGCCGGUGGGGAGCCCCCUUACCUGCGAGGAGCCACGCAGCCAAACUCCGGCUGCUCCAGAAUAUCCACGGCGAGUCUCCUGCGGUGUGUCCCAGACUGGAGGUGGCGAGGGCAGCGUGAUGGCAGAGAAGCGACCCUUGGAGACGGUGGACUCCCUGAAAUACCACAAGCUCCCUCGUCUAGAGGCUGAGGCGGGCCCUCACGUCCACCGGGCAAGUUUAUGCAAGUCCAGUGUGCUUCCCAAUUACCCCUUGGACAGCCUUUAUGGCUACAAAGGAUCGUACUUUGCUUACCCACUGCAGUGCCACGAAGGGCCCAAAUCUUUGGCUCACUGGGCACCCUCGGAGGCCUACACCCAUUGCACGGGGAGUCCAACCACCCAGCCGCUGUGGACAGAGAAAGGCUUGGGGGCCCAGGGCCAGAUGACUGGGAAGGAGAAGAGCAGCAACUGUGUUUCUCAAGAGACCCUGGCGGCUCCAGAGAGGUGGGCCAGCUGGGCCGGCUACCCGGAGUUUUCUUCCCAAGCUUGGCUCCACAGCUACAUGGCUCAGCAGUCUCCUCGAGCGUCAGCGCAUUGUCCAAACUUGGCGGUGCCCAAGCCUGUUUACCAGAACCACGUUUACACUGCUGAGGCUGGGUACCUCCCCAAAGCCUUGGGAACGCAGGCAGAAAGCACCGCAAAGCUUUCCCCGAGCAUGGAAUGGAGUCUCCCUCUGUUGGGAGCCCCAGACUGUACGGAGAGCCCCUGUUACAGCCCAGGGGGGCCGAGGAAAGCAACCGUUGCCGAAUCCAGUUUCUCUCCGGGGGCCAAGCACUCGGCCGUGAGCCCCGCGGGCUUUGUGCCGUACCGCAAAGCCUAUGAAAAAUGCCAGGGGGGACAGGGUGGAUCCUUUUUGGAUGGCAGCUACUCUGCUGUGUGUAACACCCAGAAGAACAUGCCAGAGGUGAACGGCGAGAGUCCCAGCAAACCCAUGUGGUCUAAGCUACCUCCUCCUCCCAUCAGCUCUCUUGCAAAUCCUGCAUCCAUGAUGCAUCACGAACGGUCCUCUCCAGGCUACCCGCCCCCUCCUUACCCCCUGACUGCUCAUGAGCACAUGCUGCUGUAUCAUCAGAAGUUCAGCCAAGCUGAGAAGAUCAACUCUUUGUUCCCUCUGCCGGCCUGUAAAGGUUUCGGUUCUGCGGGCCGGGAGGAUCCUCAGGGACUUCCAGGGUCUUACUUUCCUCCUGUGCCUGUGAGUUACUAUCCUAGUCAUCUGGAGAGUUACCUCUAUAGGGCUUCUGGUCCGACUUCAGGGAUUCCUCCUCCCGGCUUUCUUUCAUCACGAGAACAUGAGCAUCAACAGAAUUCAAGGGUGAGAGGAGACAUGGGGAAGCCCCCCAAACUGGGAUGGACUGCGCCAGAAAAGGCAUCUUCCUGCAGCCCUUUGCCCAGGAACGGAGACACCCUUCGAGAUUGUCUUGAAGGCAGCCAAGGGAAGGAUAGGCAAGCCAACAAUGGCUUUCCGAAUCAACACCCAAGUCCCAGACCCCAGACUUCCCAGCCUUUUCCCUCGCUACAUCGGUCACCCCUUUUCUUGAGCGGGUUUGGGCAAAUGCCAGAUCCUGGCUGUGUGGCUGGUUUUCCCCAUCCGGAAAAGGCCAGACUCGGAGAUGAGAAAGGCUUUUGUCCAUCCAGACCACCUUCAUUAACAUCGGGUACCAAAAAGCAACAGGGGGAUAAUCGCAAAACUGAAGCCGGAGCUUGCAUUGUUAUUUCCGACAGCCCGGUCGCACGCCACGAUUCCUCCUCUAAAGGAGACCUGCCCACGAGCGUUUCUGAAGACUCAAGGACCCUUCUGCUGAGGGUACCACAGUCGCCGGCAGAAAGAGCACAGAAUGUUACUAAAAGGCCAGAAAGCCCAUCGCUUUCGUCCUCCCCUCCUAUGCCAGUGAUCAACAAUGUCUUUAGCUUGGCACCUUACCGAGAGUACCUGGAAGGUACUUCCGACACGGUGCAGAUUCCCCUUUCUAAAAACUGCCAGUCAGAGGAGGACUCUCCCAAGGAGGGUGGUGGAAAUGUAGAAAGUCACGGUUCCCGGCAGACCGAUUCCAUAAAGCCAUCGGAAGCCUCUCCAGUACGACCCACAGAGGGGAAAGGCCCCUCCUGCAGUGGAAUGACAGAAGGUAGUAAAUGGCACCCUAGUAGUAAUAGCCCAGACAUCAGGACGAAGGAUUCUCCUGUUGCUCAGGAGAAUGUUGGGGUCAAAUCUUUCCCUGCAGUCAGGGCUGUCUGUAGCUGGCCAACCUCAAGGGGUGGUGCCAGCAAGGGGACUGGGGAAACGGAGCAUGAAGACCAUGCGCUAGACCUCAGCUGUAAAAUGGAGGGCUUGGUAGAAGGGCUGAGUCUUCAGAAGUCACCAGAGGGCAAGACGGAGGCUGUUGAAAAUUCCAAAAGCAAGGGAGAGGAAGUGAAAGAGGAGUCAGCUAACAAGCACGACAUUUUGCUGGAAACUAAUUGGCGGACCUCGGAGCUGCCACUGAAAAGCGGUUCUGAAGGAAAGAGCAAUUUCCAGAGUUCUGCAGCAUUCCUCUUCAAAAAAUUCAAGAUCCUGAAAUCCCACGCAGCCAGUAUUGGCACUGCGGUGCAACAGAAGCCGUCUCCAUCGUUUCAGCCAGCCUCCUCCAGCGCUUUCUCUCCUCCACUAGGUCCUGAUCAAGCAGGCCCUCGACAGGACAGCCCCGUGAUUCAGCAAAGCCCUUCCCAGGUGGUAAUUCUGCAAAAGAUUUUGCCAGCUCAAAGAAGCCCCCAUCCUGGGGCAACUUGGACAAACAGCUCACCAGCUCAACAAAGCCCCCACCAAGGGGUGACUCAGCAGACCAACUUGCCGGUUCAGGAGUCGACUCAGCAAAAUAGGUCACCAGCUCAACAAAGCCUCCGCCAGGCAGGGACGGACCAACGCAGUUCCCCGGUUCAACAAAGUACCUGCCAACUAGUAGUGACUCAGCAAACCAACCCCCCUGUUCCUCCAAGCCCUCACCAAGUGAUGACUCAGCAGGGUAGCCCAUCCAUUCAGCAAGGCCUCCGCCAGGUGGCGACUCAGCCCGAAGCUCGUUUUUUGCAGCCGAAGGGCUUGACCGCCAAGCCGUCGGACACAUCAAAAAUCUUACCUCCUAGCACACCCGCCAGCUCUCCUGUGCUGGGAGAAACCAAAAUUUUGGUUCCCAGCAGCAGCGAAUCUCUCGGACAACAGCCGUCUCCUGGGCAGUAUUUCACAGCCUUGCAUACCUCCGUCUGCAGCACCAUUUCCGGUGCAGUGUCUGCUUCCUCUCCAGAGCAGCUCGAGGAGUGGGUGAAGAAAGCCGAAUCCCAGGCGGAGCCCAAGGAGAAGGGGGUGAGCUUGGCCAAGCCCAAGAAUGGCUUGAAGACCUCCUCCUCGGACUUUCCGAAAUUGUCCAAGGGCAAACAGAUCUGGCUGGCCUUCAAGGAGGUGGGGACACUCUUUCGGAAACUGCUGUCCCAGCUGGACACUUUCUUGCUGACUCGCAAGUGUCCUUUCCCUCACGUCGUCCGAGCGGGGGCCAUUUUCAUCCCCAUCCAUGUGGUGAAGGAGAAGCUCUUCGCGAACCUUUCCAGUGCUUCCAUUGACCACGUCUUGCAGGACCACAAAGUGGAGCUUCGUCCUACCACUCUGUCCGAAGAGAAGCUGCUGAGGGACUUGGAGCUGAGGAGCUGUACGUCCCGAAUGUUGAAGCUGUUGGCCUUGAAGCAGCUGCCCGACAUUUACCCAGACCUCCUGACCCUGCACUGGCACGAAUGUGUGAAGCAACAGCUUGAUGAUGCCGCCAGGGAGACCUCAAACAGUGACAGCAACGCUUCGGGAGUAGGCGGCUUGAAGCGACAGGAUGCAACUGUAUGUUUACAGGAUGUGUCAUCUGGAUCUCUUGAGUGGAAUACCCAUGGAAAUAGUAAGCAAGGCAGAAAAUGCGGGUUGGUACCUCAGGAUAUAUCUACCUGCUUCUCCUCUGAGACCGGCCAACGAGUAGAUGAUGAAACCUCUCAGGAGCUUACCUUGCCUGUCUUGGGAAAAGGUGCUGCCACGAAGGACCGAGAGUGGCCCGCUGAGGAGAAAGGGACCAUCAUCUCUGGGGCUUUGGAGGCCAAAGGGCUCCACUGUGGUGCUAAGAAGCAGCACUCGCCCACCUGCAAGUUACCCAGGACUCUUCAGGUGAAAGUGACAAACAAGGUCGCCAGGAAAACAAUCAGCACCUCAAAGGUCUUUCAGCUCCGGAAGUCCGUGGUUCAUAUCAAAUUCCAAAAUGCUCUGAGGGAUAUAAAAGAGCCGUCCAGCCUUAAUCCCGUGGGGAAGAAAGGGGGAAAGCCCGCUUCACAGUUCUUGAAGAGUUUUGAGCGGCGCAGAUACAGUGGCGUGAGGGCCUCUGCUUUGCCCCUGAGGUAUCCCGAACUUGUCGGCAAGCGGAUCAGGCACCUGUACGAGGAGAAGGACAAGACGGAGGCAUGGUAUCGAGGGGUGGUGCUGAGGGUGCACAAGCACCACAGGGACCCCCUGAAAACCGUUUACGAGGUCAAAUACGACAGCGAGCCAGAGUGGCAAUAUUACCUCGAGAUCCUGCAGGACUAUAAGAAAGGCUGGCUGAAGUUGGACGAGUGAGCGACCAUCGGUGGCGUUGACGCAUGUAGACAUGCGAGACAGAGUCUUGCUGGCGGGCUUGGACAUGGUUGGCAGAUGGGUGAUGUAGUGACAUGUCCCAUGUGUCUUCAAUGAUGAGGUGGGCCCAGUUCCUCGGCAGGCAUGGCUCCCGUGGAUGCCAAGAAAGUUUGCCAGACAUUUUCAGUCCUCCGUUGCCCUGUAGAUGGAAUAUUCGAAUUAGAAACAUAAGGUUACGAAAUGGCUUCCAUGCUCAAUUUGGCACCAGAGCUGGUUAUAUAUUUGCUUCUGAAAGUGGAGGCUGGUGACAAAAACCUGUUCCAGCCUCUUUCUUAAUUUCCCCCCAGUGCUAGGUGUGGAACAUGGUGGGAGGAGGACCAGAAAUUAGUAUUGCUCAAAUACUGGCCUUGGAACAGUGGAGGUAGAGCCCACGAGUGUUUUUCAUCUGCUGGCUUCUAUGAAUUGUCACCAGCAAGUGUUCAAAUCUUGAACAACUUGCUCUUUUCUUUUCUUUUUUUAACAAUAAGGCCCAGAAUCCUCUAGCCAACAGGGUGGGUGGGGAUUUUGGGAACUGCAGUCCAAAGAUGUUACAUUUCCAAGCUCUGCUACUGCCAGCUUCUGAAGUCAGUUCUGUUUGGUGGCUGUGCCUGCAGGCACAAAUCAAAAGUCGUUUCUCCACUUGAUCUCCCCUUUUUGUUUUAAAGCACAUUGAUCCUUUAAAAAGAAAUGCAAUCUUUUAAAGACAGAUCAGUUUGAAGGGCUGUGUUGUCUCCAAAAGGUCAGUGGAAAUGUGGUUUCUGUAUCUAAAAGGAUGAUCUUUUUCUCCCUCGCCCCCUGGCUUGAAGUACCACAUUUCAGAAACGUGCCUUGAUGAGGAAUUGCUGCUACUUUUCGUUUUUGUUUUCAAAGUCAUCAAAUUUGGUGCUUUUCUUUGUGUGACAUUUUCCAAGUGGCCUUGAGGGUUGGGGACCUCCAGUCUUAUCCCUCCUAAGAUGCUCUCUGUUCCUGAUUUAUGCUAAAAAAAGACCACGCGGAGGACAGUUAAGGGCAGGUAUGGCAUUAAGCCUGAGCAAACAAAUACCGCUGAGAUUUGGGAAAUCGCCAAGAAGAAGAGGAAGAUUCGUGCUGAUAAGACUUUGGCAAGUACUGUCCUAAAAAAUGAAAAGGAGGGAGUGGAGAGGGAGACCCAAAUGUUAUUUUAAAAGGAUAAUUGCAUCCAUUGCAAAAAUGCCAACAUGCGCUGGGUCUGUGAUGGUUCUGCACAUUAAGUGCUUUGGGGACAAAAAGGUCCUUUUUUUCAGGAGUAAUCUACACUGGAUCCUGGGGAUUCAAGAGGCAGCUCUUUGACUGGCAGUAACAUCACAAACAGACAGACGGCCUCUUUAGCAUUCAUGUCUCCUUCUGGCUCUUUGGCAGAUUUUAGGAGACAAGCAGAAAUAACUCAUUCACAUGGCCAGCUGGUUGCACAGGAGGUAUUUUUUUAUCUCAUAUAAAGCUAGCAAAUGGAAGAACUGCUCUUUUUUUUUAAUUACAGCAGGACCCCUGUAGCCGUGGAAUCGGUAUCUGCAGUUUCUCCACUCUGGUUUGAAAAUAUUUAAAAUAUUUUUAAAAAAACCUAGAAAUAUGUAUUUUCAAGAUGUAUUUACCACUACUGGCCAUUAGAGGGAGCCAGAAACCAUGCUGUGUAUUCAUGUUGAAGAAUACCGAGCGUGGUCUCUGGCUUCCUCUGGUGGUCAGUUCUGGUAAUACAUAGUGAAAAUGUGUAUUUUUGGAUUUUUCUUCUUUUAUCAUGGUACCCAACGCAUUUGCUAUUAUCCGUGGUUUUCAGCAUCCACGGGAGGCUUGGAACCCAUCUCCCAUGUAUACCGGGGUCCUGCUAUAUAACCUUCUGAGUCCCCUGUGCUGGCUGAGGAACACUGGGAGUUGUAAAAAAAAACUUCCACCUGUGUGCAAAUGCACAGAGGAUGGAAGGCGAUUGUCCUUACAUGAUGUGCAGGGCAGCACUUUCCAACUUUUCUACUUUUCUUAUAUUUUCCAUGUUUGUGUGUACAUGCAGGUCUCUUGGGAAAGGUGAAUGCCACGGAUGCGGCUUUUCCCACCUUGCACUCUUUUGCCAGACAACGAAUAAAUGUUUUUUAAAAAUAGUACUGUGCAGCCUUCUGGGAACAAGUGUUUAAUACUGUAGAUUUUGUACAAAAGUUUCUACGGGAGCCUGUUUGCCUUUUUAUUUAAGAACUUCUUUUUGUAAGGAUAUAGUUUCUAAAAAAAAAGGUGUUUCACCAAGAUUAAACUGUCUGUUUUGGAA